GGCGGUGGCGGCCUGCGGCCGGCGGUGUAGACGCCCCUUCCCGGGAGCUGGGACCCGCCGGCCGGUGUUGCCUGGACUAUCAGAGAAUUGAGAACAAUCCUAUUUGGGGAUCAUACACUGACUGUGGUGGUUUAUAAGCAAGGAUAACUGAUGACGCCCCCCAGGAAGUCACUGCUUCUCCGCCAGUCACGAAGUUAAAUGAAGGAUAGCCCCUAAGGGUUUUAUCAUGUGAAGUCUUCCUGAAUUUUCUUGCUCUCUCUUUUUGGAAAUGCAAAUAAAGAAGAUGAAGGAUAUUGGACAGCAGUUAUAUACCACUCAAGUGAAUGAUGGACAUAAUUCCUUGACCAUGUCCCCCAAACAACCAAAUGCCAGUAGAGCCACUCGACCGGAUAGACAUGAAGCGCAAGCUCUCUUGUGUCAAGGCUCAGAGGCAGAGGCUGCCACGAUGACCAUUGCUACGUGUAUGAAGUGCAAGAGUGUUGACAAAAUCCUGCUUCAAGAUUUGAAAAAGGGUACUGGGCCAAGCCAGAAGGAAGACAAAUACGUUUGCUUCAGAUGCAACCUCGGUGUGGCCACUUCCCAUUUCCAUUUUGUGAAUAGUAAUCCCAGUGCUACUCCUGUAGGAAAUAAAGCUGAAGCCAUCGCCAGUUCCAUCAAUAACAAAUUUAAGGUAAGGAACUUUAAGCCAGGCAAAUACUAUUGCGAUAAAUGUCGAUUUUCCACGAAGGACCCUCUCCAGUACAAAAAGCACACGCUCCAACAUGAAGAGAUUAAAUUCAUCUGUUCUCACUGCAGCUACAUUUCCUACACAAAAGGGGAGUUCCAGAGGCACCUGGUGAAACACACAGGCAUAUUCCCUUAUCAAUGUGAGUACUGCGACUAUGGUGCUAUUCGGAAUGACUACAUUGUCAAACACAGGCGCAGAGUGCAUGAGAGGGCGGGAGGACGGCGACCGCCCAGAACUGUUGCCAAGCUGGAGCCAAAAAGAAUCAGCACAUCGAAACAAAACACAGAGCUCCUAAAAGCUCCCAAUCCAAGGACUGCAUUUCAAAAUAAGUUGUCAGAUCAACUCACAAGGUUCUCCCUCCAUACAAAUAAAGACAAAAUGCACAAUAUCAUGUUGUUGCCGGAAUCAAAGGAAUACCAAAAAGAUGUAGUGUGUAUUCCAAAUAAAGUGACCCUGAUGGAGCCAAAUGAAGGCAGUCUGUUUGAGAACAAAAGCGUGGAGGUGGAAGUGUUGUCCCCAGCGAAAGAGCCUGUCCAGCCAGGAAUGCCGUUGACAGUGGUGGCACCAGCAGAACUUGUGGUCCCUGCCAACUGCUUGGCCCAGCUGAUCGAUGUGAAGGUCGUCAACGGGACCCAGCAGCUUGUCCUGAAACUGUUUCCUCUGGAAGAAAGUAACCACCCCGAAGCUGGUGGGGGUGAAGGGGGUCAUUCUGAGCAUAUGAUUAAAGAGAAGGGUUCGGCUGAACCAGAAAAAAUAGUUUCUGCAAGCCAAACAAAGUCACUGGUGAUUGAAGGGAAUGUUGGAAAACUGGCAGGCACUGAUCAUCUUCAAUCAUCAGUUCAGAAACAACUUAAAAAUGUGAAGUGGGUCAGGUCUUAUGAUUUUUUCAUGUCAAAUUCUAGUGUGCACAAUCGAGAAUCCCUUCUGUACCCAGAUACAGUUGAGGACUUCCAGAAAAAAAGUAGUAUCUAUCCACAUAGACCAGCUCUUCCUUCUCUUUCUUUAAGAGGUCAUUCUCCAGCAUCUGUAGUAAAAAACAGUGUUUUCCACAGUUUCAGAGCUGCAUCAAACCCUUUUCCAUAUAAAGCUGCUGUUUCUUUUGCUGAAGAUGGAAGGAACUCAGUUGGGGACUCACAGCAGUUAUAUCCCCUGGCUGCGUCACCUGCAACCAUGUCCUUCUCUGGAGAAAAGGGCUUGUUGCCUGUAACUACAAGUAACUUGGAAUCUAGACAUGAGAUCAGUAUUCCUAUAAAAAUGGUUCCCUCUCAUAGGAAGUUGAAAGACAAGCAGACGGAGGAACACAAGGCAGUUUCAAACACAGGCCAGAUUUCUUCCCAACACAAAAGCGAGUAUUUACACGUAAAUAUACCAGGAGAGGAUGGAAUCAGGUCUCAGCCGCCUGUGGAGGAGCCUUUAGAAUUAAAGAAUCCUGAAAGGACUAAGGACUCUUUCGAUGGUCCAGUCAUCUCGUCAGUAUUUUCUCUGAGCUCUGGGUCUGAAAACGUCCCUGAGAGCGUUAAGUGGAAUAGUUCAACGUCCAAAAUAAAGUCAAUUGAACUCUUGCGCAGGAAGAUAGCUCAGUUGAUUGAAUCCUGUGGCAAGCCGUCAUCUUUGUCUGCAAAUAACGCACAUCGCCGUUCUGUAGGGCAGGCAUCGAAGGGAACUUCGCAAGCUGCUCCUGAAGGUAUUCACGAAAUUAACGUGUCAUUUGCCGGCACUGGCUAUUCCACAGGCACACUCCCGAAACCUCAGGAAGACGGUGGUAUCAAUGGGCCGCUCACUCCUCAGCAAAUAUAUCCACAGUUUAUAGAAGGCAGCAGUGGGAAAACUGAAAGCAGAGUGACCAGGAAGACCCAUGUUACUUCUCCAGUAUUGAUCCCCAAAGGGGCUGUGUUGAGGGUUCUUAAUUCUUCUGAGGAUACCCACAUUAUAGAGGCAACGUGUGAAGCACCGGUCAGCAUACCUUGCCGUGAGACCCAGUUAAUAAAACCCAUUCCGUUCUGCCCAGUGAGACAGACAGACUCAGACUUACCGUCUUUGACAAGUCAAAGUGGGCCCAUAGAUAUGUCCCAAAAUCUUGAUAUACCUCUUCGGCCAAAACCAAGAAAAGAGAGUGCUUUUUGUAGCACCAUGCCUAAAAAAACUGGCCCCCUGCAUGGUCAGCAAGGAAGCAGUGAACUGAGUAAGCAAGGCAAACUGCUUUCUAGAAGUCUUCCUAUAAGUAAAAACAAAACCAAACAAGUGAAUUCAUCCAAGAAGAAAAGCAAAAUCCAGGCUGAUCCCAGCCGCUAUCUCAAGGAUCCUUCAAUUUUUCAGGUUGCAAGACAGCUUCGACUGAUUGCCGCGAAGCCAGACCAGUUGAUUAAAUGCCCCCGUCGGAACCAGCCCGUCAUCGUGUUAAACCAUCCUGAUGUUGACUCUCCAGAAGUCACCAACGUGAUGAAGGUAAUCAAUAAGUACAAAGGCAAUGUCCUCAAAGUCGUCCUAUCAGAGAGGACGAGGUGUCAGUUAGGCAUCAGACGGCAUCAUGUUCGCCUGACAUACCAGAACGCAGAGGAGGCCAAUCAGAUAAAAAGGCAAAUGAUGUUGAAAAUGAAGCUUAAGAAGGUGCAUAAAAACAACUACCAGGUGGUGGAUUCCUUGCCUGAUGACUCAUCACAGUGUAUAUUUAAGUGCUGGUUUUGUGGGCGGCUUUAUGAAGACCAGGAGGAGUGGAUGAGUCACGGCCAGCGGCAUUUGAUAGAGGCAACUAGAGAUUGGGAUGUUCUUUCUUCCAAGGGCAAAUAAGUAAAAAAUGGUCUUUGAAGCAAAUUGUUUUUCUUAUUUUUAGUUUAUUCUAGUUUGUUUGUUUUUCCCCUCCCUCCCUGGCUCAGUGGGAGAAAUGCAGAUUGUAGGAAUGGGAGGAUCAUUCAUUCUUCAGAAACCUUGUGAGAAUGUUGAGAGCCAGGAGUCUUAACCUGAGAUGACUGACUGGACCUUGGCAGGUGUCUGUAGCCCCCGGAAUCGUAUGCACAGAUCUAUGUACAUGUGUUUUUCUGGAGAGAAGUGAAACUUCAGAUUUCCAGUUGAGAUCUGAGAGGUCUUUGUUUAGCACCCCUUUUUUCUGAGUAGAAACAAAUCUGGUGAUCUGUUCAGGGGGGCAUGUUUAGGGUGUUCUACACUAUGCUCUUUAUUCAAAAUGCUACUGAGGAAUGAAACCCAUGUCUUGGUGUACACAUCCAUUUUUCUCUGCACUAACUCGUGCUGAAUAUUUGAUACAUACAGGAAAUCAUACUUUCUACUUCGUUAUCUUAAAUUGGACUAUAGAAAAGUGGCUCUUCCUUGAAAUUCCUCACCCACUGGGCAGUACUCAGAAGGGUUGUCUCUAGCACAGAGCAUUAGCUUUGCUUGGCCACUUGAAAAAAUGAUGCCAAGGGUUUGCCUGAAUUUAUUACUUCAGCAGUAGAUGUUCGGGGAGGAAAGAAACAUUUUCAAAGCUUUGCUUUCUUUUUAAAUGUCCUGAUUUAUGACAGCUGGGGAGGGAUUGUGCCUUUAAAAAAAGAAGAAGAAGAAAAAGAAUGGUCACAGAAGUAAAAUAUCCAAAAUUUUAAGGCUCCUGUGUGCCCUUACCACCCUCACAAAGGUAAAGUAACUAGUUUAAAAUGUGAAUGAACAGGCUUCUUAUGACAUAGGUAAAUCUGGGAAAGAUAGUUCAAGGUAGGACUGUGAAGAAAGUUAUGACUUUAUUGUGAUCACUGGUUUCCUUUGAGAACUCUCAGACCAGGGCGAAGGCUGCGUGCACUUUCUCCACCACUUAGGAUCUCAGACACUGCCCCUCCCCCCCGCCCCCAGCUCAGAGCCUGCUCUUCCUCUGCCAGUUUUCUGAACAGGUUCUCCUGUGGAGUGAGACACUUCCCUAUUCACCUCCUGUCCCCUUCCUUUUGUGCCUUUGAGGCCCCUUAAGGCUUUCCCUCAUGAAAAUCAACAAAAUAGAAACAUCCCACCAUCUUCGUUGAGGUUACAGAAACACUAUUCCUGGUUUUCACUGAUAGUCACAAUCCACUUCUAACUUCUCUUUUCCACAGUCUGUUCUCCCGAUCGCUCACCUUUCCUAGGUAGUAACUCUUGAGAACACCUGCUCCCUCUCCACCGAUAGACACCAGCACCACGGCUGGUCCACAGGACACCUUGUGUGCAUUAGGAAAAACUCCUUCCGCACCUUUACCACCUCGUGGGCAGAUUGGUGGCCUGGCAGAGGGAGCUGGGGUUGGAUCUCGUCCUCACUCGCCCACUCCACCAGGCAACAACCAUCAUGCAGAACACACCCACGUACCUGGAACGGCCACAGGGUGGCUCCAGCUCUGUUUUCCUCCUCCCUUUAAGACUGCUCCAUCCUUAGGGAAUUCGUUAGUGCAGUGAAUGGAACUGGGGGCCGUUAUAACUGGAAAAAACUUGAGUGAGAUUUCCAUUGUGCUGGUUAGUUGGAACUUUCUGUGUUGGGUUUGUUUUGUUUUGUUUUUACACGCGUGAAAGUCUUAGACUAUUUUCUGAUAGGUGGAAUUGUAAUUCUUUGCAAUUGGUUCUCAUUACAGAUAAUCAACAUUUCUUAUGUCUAAUUGAAUGCAUGAUCAUUAAGUUGGCUAAUUGGUUAAUUUUUAUUGAAAUUUAAAACUUGGGUUUUUUAGAUGUGUAUAUAUGCAUGUGUGUACACAUAUAAAUAUUUUUUACCAUAUGAAAACCGCAGUAUCUAAUUUUCUGAUUUCCUAUUUUAUAAUGAAAUUACGUGGGCUGGAAAAACAGAAGACAUUUUAUAUUCUAGAAAUUAUUUUGGAAGCACAUUUUUAUAAUGGUGUGAUCUCAUUUUUAAGAAAAUGAAAGCACAAGUAAGUGAUGAGUCUGGUUUCUAUGAACAAACAGAAGUAGAAACCCCUGAGAAUCAUUCUGUUGCAGUAUUUCAUCCCCGCGCAUUUCUAGUUGGUGCUUUCCAGGAACUGGAUCCUGCGUACCACUUCACCACAUAGAGGAGAACGCUGCAAUGUGAGCCAUGUGUAGAUGUGUGCCCUGCCGGCAGAACGGAAGGCUUCUAACAUACUGAGAAGAAAAGGCUGUGAUUUUUUAAUUUUUUAUUUUUUCUCCUUCUAUACCUCACUGCUUAGUAGCAUCUUUCUUGAGAGGCUAGAGCUUGACCUUUCAAGAAAAGUGACCAUGAAUCAGGUCAGAGUGUUAAGUGUCAACAUGAAAUAUUUAUACUUUGCAGCAUCAACCAUUUUUCAAGUAUUACCUAAAACUCAGCUUAUGUACUUGUAUGGAGCUAAAUUUUAUGAGUAGACUACGUAGCAAAGGGUUUUUUUGGAGAUUUCCAGAGCUACAACACUUUUUUGAGGAAUCCUGAAGGCUCCUGAAAGUCAUAAAAAAUGAGAAAGCAAAACAUGUCUGUCCUCCCUAUAUGAAGAACUUUAGGAAAUAGCUUGUUAACAUGUAGGUAAAUGUCAGAAAACAUUUCUAACAAAAUUGAACAAAGUAGGAGUAGAACCAUGUUGAGUAUUUACAUACUCCUACCUUGAUUUUGAAGGACCUGUACUCGCUAAAUUUUAUUAAUAGUACUUACUAAUAAAAUUUUACACUUAUUUCUUAGAGUUUCUUAUUUUUGGGGGCCAGAAGUGAGACGAUCUUGUUAUAGUUAUGACAGAGUGAAAAUUAAAAAAAAAAAACUCAUAGUCUCAUAGAUAAUAUUUUACCCAAAUUUUUAUCCCCUCCCCAAAACAUUUUGUGAGCCCUACUGUGGGCCAAAUGCUGUUUGUUAAACUAAACUGAACACAGUAUAUUAACCCUCAAAAGCUCCAUUCCUCUUUCUUCAUGACCUACUAGGUGUAAACCAUCCCUGGAAACAAAGAUGUGGCGUUGCUUGGCCUUUGGAAUAAUUUUUGAAUCUGUAAAUGUCAAUUUGAGCAGAAAACAAACAUUGACACGUUGUAAGCAUUAUUGUAAGUCCUGUGUGAACAGUUUGUGUGUCUGCUGCUCUGGUUUUGAAACACGUUUGUAUAUAGAUAUAGAAGUUGGCAUAAAUUUUGUUAAAUAAAGCAACCGUAUAAUGU